AUGUCGCGGUCUGUGAAACCUUCGUCACCAUCGGUGAAAACGAAUAAGGUUUACAAACUUGCUGUAAGUGUCUCUCCAGUGCAGUCCUCAAUUGCGUCAACGUCAGCCAAACCACGUAAACCUGGCAGAUGCUCUCGUCGAACACAUUCACGUUCUCUAUCACAUCCAUCAUCCGUAUUUACUCCGACUUCGAGUAACGAUUCUGUUGAUGGAUUUGAAGAAGGUUCUCCUUCAUCCAUUCUGGCUAGGUGUCAGUAUCCAGAAAGCACGAAUUCCCCGCCCCAUGACCAAGUUUUUUGUGAUGAUGAACAGGCUUAUGACAAUGAUCCCAAUGAUUAUUGGGUUCGUACGGUGUCUGCCUCAACGCUUUCUCAUUUCUUUGGCUCCCUCGGUAUUUCUUCAGCUGCCCCGCUUCACGAUGUUUGUGUUUUUAUUGAUCUCUUAGGUCCUCCACAUCGAAUAAAUAAGCUGUCGGAUGCUUUAGAUCAGUUGGGUGCGAAUGUUGUUACGUCGCUUUCGCGAGCUUCUUUCUCCCAACUUACACAUGUUGUUCUUGACCAAAUGGCUCAACAUGAUUGGCAGCGCAUACAAGCCAGUAACAAGCAUCUUUUAUUUAUUGAUCCCGCCUGGGUGGACGCCUGUCGGCGUUCCAAACGCAAGGUUAGCGAGCUGCCCUACAUUUUCGACAUCCAUGCAGCUUUUGGCUCUUCGAGGACCAAAUCCCGACACUCUACAUCAGCUCUGGAUGCUGUGCCGAACCUGUCUCCUCAGAAAAAUCUUUCUCCCAAAACCCCUACCCGCCCUUCCAAAUUUGAAUUACGGCGGCUUGAACAUGCACGUCGAAAAUCCGAGUCGUUUAAACCGUCCGUUGGAUCACCUUUAAAGCAUCAGCUCGUCUUUGAAGCGGACUAG